AUGGCGGCCGGCGGUCGGCUAGCCGCAAAGCUGGAGCUUCUCCACCACCCGGACCUCUCCCAAUCCCUAGCCGCUUUUCAGUCCAUGUUGGAGCUGAGGGUGGGUCACGCACACGUCAUAACCAGCGGGCGGGCCAAAGACCUCUUCACCGUCUCUAGGCUGUUGGCCUUCUGUGCCGUCUCGAGCCAUGGCGAUCUCCGCUACGCCAAGUCCAUCUUCACCGUCGUCGAGCGGCCAACAGCCUCCAUGCACAACUCCAUGAUCAGGGGCUUCUCCCGCAGCGCCGAGCCGGCCGAGGGCGCGCGCCUUUACCCCCGGAUGCUCCGCCUUGGGAUCUCGCCGGACAAAUUCACUUUCCCUUUCCUGAUCCGGUGCUGCUCCCUUCUGUCCUCCGUUGAGCUGGGGAGGGCAAUCCACUGCCAUGUUGUGAAGUUCGGCUUCGAUUCCGACGUCUUUGUGGCCAACAACGGCAUCGCAAUGUACUCUUCAUGCGGCGACAUGAGCUCCGCUCGCCGACUGUUCGACCUGUGCGCCUACGCCGCCGACGUGGUCCUAAACUCUGGAUCCAUAGACCUCGCGCGCUGGUUCUUCGAUCGGAUGCCCUCCAAGAACCUGGUCUCCUGGAAUGCGAUGAUCGCCGGGUACGCGCGGGGAAGGAGAACAGCUGAAGCGCGGCACUUGUUCGACGUUAUGCCGGACAGGAAUGCGGCCUCAUGGGGAGCGCUGAUCUCGGGAUACGCCCAGUCAGGGCUCUGCAAAGAGGCACUCGCCAUCUUCAAGGAGAUGGUUGGGGCCGGCGCUAGGCCGAACGAGCCUGGGCUUGUCAGUGCAGUGUCCGCAUGCGCGCAGCUGCGAGCGCUGGAAGAAGGCGAGUGGGUUCACCGUUGCAUAGAAGAAUACGGUAUCGAGCCCAACGUCACCCUCUGGACCGCGCUCGUCGAUAUGUACGGCAAGUGCGGAGACAUCUCCAGGGCCCUCGCAACGUUCGACGCGAUGCCCUACCGAAACAUUUACUCCUGGAACGCUAUCAUAGCAGGUUUGGCCAUGAACGGGCACGGGAGGCAGACGUUGAUUCUCUUCUGGAAGAUGCUCAUGUUGGGUCAACCGCCGAACGCCAUAAGCUUCCUGGGGGUUCUCGCCGCCUGUAGCCACACUGGCUUGGUCGACGAGGGCCAGAAGCUGUUCGAGCUGAUGACCAGAGGGUGCGGGAUCAGGCCUCUUCCGGAACACUACGGCUGCAUGGUCGAUCUGCUCGGCAGGGCGGGGCUCAUCGAGGAGGCGCAAGCUCUCGUGGAAGGGAUGCCAUUUGAGCCGCAUGCUGGACUGUUGGGUGCUCUGGCUGGCGCAUGCAAACUUCAUGGCGACGACAAGCUCGGCGAGCAACUGGGGAAGAAGCUCAUUGAGAUGGAGCCCAACCAUGGGGGGAGAUAUGCUCUGUUAUCGAAUAUAUAUGCGGCCGCCAGAAGGUGGGAUGAUGUAGUCACGGUCCGAAAUCUCUUGAAAGAGAGAGGGGUGAUGAAGAUUGCGGGGAGCAGUAUGGUCGAUAGACAGUAA